UGUGCGUCUGUCGUGAUCAGUUCUGUCUUACCGCCGGAGAAGUGUGUUUCGUUCUGAAAAAUAACACGCGCGAAAGCAGUUCGCUGCUAGCUAAGUGGGGAAGCGAAGCAUUUUAUUGAUGAAUUGUACAGUGGGACGGAUACCCGGUUUGAGUUAGCGCAAUGAGCCAUAAGCCGAGCGGUUAUCAUCGGCCGGCGCGUGGUAGCAAAGCUGGACACGAAGAGCAUUUCGACACAGUUCACGAGCAUCUGCUGCUGGAGGGAGACAAAAUUCCCUUCGUCGAUUCCGAGGAUGAGAGCGAUGUCAGCAGUGAAGAGGCCACCGACGGCGGCAGUGGUGGUGAACUAGUCGACGAGGAUAAGGCAGGAGGAACCAGCGGGAACGCGUCCGAUUGCGAAGACGACGACGAUGUGAUGACUGAGAGCCAAGAGAACCUAGCGAUGGCCUAUGUCAAUCGGUACAGAAUGCCGUCGUUAGCGGCACGUCGAAAUCAGGAGAAGCUGACCGUUACGAUAGAGAACGAACGGAAGCCUUCCGGACAUGUCCUUGCGGAGGAAGCCAAAGAUAAGCACACGGAGCUGAAAAGUAUCCAGGACAGGGCGAUUGGGCUGAGGCGGAAUUCUAUCUCGAUGCCAACCUUGACCGCGGAUGAUCUGCAAGCUUUACAUCAGGCCCGACAAGAUGUUGAGGAGAGCAAUAUUUUGGUUGUUGAUAGCCCCAGCAUAUCACAGCACAGCACAGAGAUUACUGCAUCCCCAGAAACUCCCAGUACUCCGGUUGGUUUGAAGCCAAUGCUGCACUUUGAUGAUGAUGAAAGCGAAGAGGAGGUAAAGCCAACCAACAAACGGACCUUAUUCCGGAGUAGCCGCCGAGGAUCGAUCGCUCCGCUGCCGGCCUUGCGCCUCAACGAUAAGGAAAUGAUGGCGAACGACUUCGACACGCAGAGCGUGGUGAGCAAUCAGGCGUCCAUCACCAGUGUUAACUCACUGGCCAGCUUGCUCAAGGAGAAGAUGCAGAAUGUCCCGGCCCUGAUACGCAAGAAGCGGCGCGAGACCAAAGACUACAAACUGCGUGUCUUUGUCGGUAUGCUGUUCCUUAUCAUCGUGUUUCUCAUUGGCUAUGCAAACGUCAUGUACAACCAGAAGCUAAUGGCGAAGUCGUACUUUGAGAGUGUAAAACUACACAAGACGACCAGAGCCCUGCGGAUUCGGGAUUCCAAGGGAGCCAAUUUGCUCACCGGAGUACUGGCCGUGGGAAGUUUCAUCGAGAAACCUUAUCAUUGCUUGGCACAUGACCUGCGAGAUGAUGGCAGCGUUUGUUAUGAGUGGAACUCAAUGGCUCGGUUAUACAUGAAUUUGGUCAAAACGACGUCGCCGGAUAUAAAAUGUUACAGCUUCAUUUGGGAAUCACUCACGGAUAAUUAUUUUCCCACGGAUUGCUUCGACAUUGGAGAAGAUCGCGGUUUCUGGUACGGAGGGGGGCUUCCCAAGGGAAUUGAUUAUCCCCUAAGCAAGGCUUCGUUUGAUUUUGCUCCAUUCAUCACAGGUGAUAUAAACGAACAGCAGUGGGGAAACGCCAUCAAGAGGUACUUUCUGAACUCGAAAGGUGUUGCGAUACGGGUCGAUGAACGAACUCCGUUGUAUGUCAGUAUUAACAACAAUGCCAAUAAUAAGUUCUGUCUGCAGGGUAGAAACGACAAUUUCGCAUUUGUCAAUAGAUUGUCCAAGUAUUCUGAGCUGAAUUAUGAGAUUUGUACCGGGCCGGAUAUGAAGACUCUUCAUAAUGGUUUGAUGCAGAAAAGUCUUUGGGAUGGAUUGACCGAGAAUGACAAUGCGAUCAUAAAAUCAUUGCUUAGGGAACCGGUUUGGCAGAUACCAGCAUCCAGCCAGGAAGAACUGACCGAAACAGCAAUUUACAAUUACACUGAGGCCAUAAUCGCAUCCGGUUACCUGCGGUUGGGGCAUGUACUGCUGAAUGAGUUCUGGCAGAAGCAUAUCGGGGACUUCACACUGGAUACCGAUCGUUUCCCCACGCUAGAGGACACUGUGAACAUUUUGCACCGCAGAGGAUUCCGAAUCUCAUUGUCCAUUCAACCGUUUAUCAGCACCGAAAGUGUGAGUUUCUUGGAAACCGUUUCUAAAAAGCUUCUGAUUUACGAGCGGGAAUCCGAACGAAGUAUACCGGCUUUGACUCGGUUCAAAAGUCUCGCUAGUGCUGGAGUCAUCGACAUAACUAACAACGCAACCGUUACAUGGUUAAAAGACAAACUGCAGAAAAUUGUUGAGAAUGUUGGAAUAGACUCUUUCUAUCUAGAUUUUGGAAACGCCUUUAACAUUCCUCGGUACUAUCAGUGCUCCAGCAUGCUGGUAAACCCAGAUCAGUACAAGACGGUUUUCAUGAAACGCUUCGAAACUAAUAUGAAUAUCUUCGGAGUUUCCAGUGCCAUCUCCGUACCUCGGCCACCGACUUUUGUUAGUCUUCCUCCCGUCAACAGCAGCUGGAGUGGUCUGCAAACCAUCAUUCCCACGCUACUUUCGUACGGCGUCAUCGGUUUCCCGUUCGUGAUGCCCGGACCUGUGGGAGGCGAUUUCCUGUUGCCAACCGAAAAGCUACAUAAAAUGUACUCAUUUUACUCACUCGCUAGUCCACCGCUACCGGAAGUGGAGCUGUACAUCCGGUGGUUGCAGAUGGCCACCUUUCUACCGGUGUUGCGUUUCACCCAUCUGCCGUCGGAGUACAAGAAUGAUACGGUUACGGAGAUAGCCAAAGAGCUGUCGGCGAUUCGGCAGAAAACUGUUGUUCCUAUGUUGGAGCAGUAUUCCCGUGAGGCUAUGGACGAGGGAUUGCCGAUCAUCAGGCCACUCUGGAUGAUGGACUCGACCGAUGUGAACUGUUUGUACAUCGACGACGAGUUUGCCAUUGGAGACGGCAUGAUUGUGGCGCCAAUCCUCUAUCGGGCCGAUAUCAGUCGUGAAGUCUACCUGCCCCAGGGUGUCUGGAAAGAUGGCAUCGAUGGUUCCCUGCGGAAGGGCAACCGUUGGAUUCACAACUAUCACGUACCGCGCGACAAGGUGGCCUAUUUCGUAAAGAUGCCCGAUAACACACGAUUCUAGAGGCCAGAGGCACAGUUCUUCAAAGGAGCGAAUAUUGAUUUAUACAUUCCGCCAGUUCCCCACAGCCAGUGCCAAAUGGUAAAGUUCUUUCAUCAAAUGAAAGCACACUAGUUUAAGAGAUUUCGUAUUUAUUUGUGUUUGAUUUUGUCCUGAUCGUAAAAAGUUCAGCCCAAGGCACAGUUUAGUAUUCCACAUGUACGGUAAGAUGCUUGUUUGCGGUUGCUCUUCCUUAAACUAAUACUUUUAAAUACACUGUAAAUAUAUAACGCUUAAAACCUUCCAA